UGGCUGCUUCCCGGCCUGUCACCAGGAAGUGGGAUGGCCCGCCUGCCACGCCCAGCCCUGGGUGCUCCAGCUGGGCCAUAGCCUGGUACUGCCGCUGCGCCCGCCAUGGUGUCCCGGGACCAGGCUCACCUGGGCCCCAAGUAUGUGGGCCUCUGGGACUUCAAGGCCCGGACGGACGAGGAGCUGAGCUUCCGAGCGGGGGAUGUCUUCCACGUGGCCAGGAAGGAGGAGCAGUGGUGGUGGGCCACGCUGCUGGACGAGGCGGGCGGGGCCGUGGCCCAGGGAUAUGUGCCCCACAGCUACCUGGCUGAGAGGGAGACGGUGGAGUCGGAACCGUGGUUCUUUGGCUGCAUCUCCCGCUCAGAAGCUGUGCAUCGGCUGCAGGCCGAGGGCAACGCUGCGGGCGCCUUCCUGAUCAGGGUCAGCGAGAAGCCGAGCGCGGACUACGUCCUGUCAGUGCGGGACACGCAGGCUGUGCGGCACUACAAGAUCUGGCGGCGUGCCGGGGGCCGGCUGCACCUGAACGAGGCGGUGUCCUUCCUCAGCCUGCCCGAGCUUGUGAACUACCAUAGGGUCCAGAGCCUGUCCCACGGCCUGCGGCUGGCCGCACCCUGCCGGAAGCACGAGCCUGAGCCCCUGCCCCACUGGGAUGACUGGGAGAGGCCAAGGGAGGAGUUCACGCUCUGCAGGAAGCUGGGGUCCGGCUACUCCGGGGAGGUCUUUGAAGGCCUCUGGAAAGACCGGGUCCAGGUGGCUAUUAAGGUGAUUUGUCGAGACAACCUCCUGCACCAGCAGACGCUGCAGUCGGAGAUCCAGGCCAUGAAGAAGCUGCGGCACAAACACAUCCUGGCGCUGUACGCCGUGGUGUCCGUGGGGGACCCCGUGUACAUCAUCACGGAGCUCAUGGCCAAGGGCAGCCUGCUGGAGCUGCUCCGCGACUCUGAUGAGAAAGUCCUGCCCGUUUCGGAGCUGCUGGACAUCGCCUGGCAGGUGGCUGAGGGCAUGUGUUACCUGGAGUCGCAGAAUUACAUCCACCGGGACCUGGCUGCCAGGAACAUCCUCGUCGGGGAAAACACCCUCUGCAAAGUUGGGGACUUCGGGUUAGCCAGGCUUAUCAAGGAGGAAGUCUACCUCUCCCAUGACCACAAUGUCCCCUACAAGUGGACGGCCCCCGAGGCGCUCUCCCGAGGCCAUUACUCCACCAAAUCCGACGUCUGGUCCUUUGGGAUUCUCCUGCAUGAGAUUUUCAGCAGGGGUCAGGUGCCCUACCCAGGCAUGUCCAACCACGAGGCCUUCCUGAGGGUGGACGCCGGCUACCGCAUGCCCUGCCCUCUGGAGUGCCCGCCCAGCAUGCACAAGCUGAUGCUGACAUGCUGGUACAGGGACCCCGAGCAGAGACCCUGCUUCAAGGCCCUGCGGGAGAGGCUCUCCAACUUCACCAGCUACGAGAACCCGACCUGAGCUUCUGUGGAGCGGGCACGGCCGGCCCUGCUGAGGAGGGGCCUGGGCAGAGGGCCUGGACCUGGGAUCAAGGCCCACGCGCUGCCCUGGGGUUUACUGAGGUGAUGGGGGCAGGAAAGGUUCACAAACGUGGAGUGUCUGCGUCCAAUACACGCGUGUGCUCCUCUCGUUAGCCCGUCGUGUGAAACGUGGAGUGUCUGCGUCCAAUACACGCGUGUGCUCCUCUCGUUACCCCGUCGUGUGUGCCUUGGGUCUCCGCUGCUGACAGGCAGCCUGCUCCAGAGUCUGCAGAUGAGAUCUCGGGAGACUGACAAGAAGCCAGCAGAGCUUCUAGGUAACAGGAAACUCUUCUGGAAGCCCUGGGGGCAUCGGCUCCAUCAGCUCUGCCCACUCCCUGCUGGACCUUCCUGGCGUCCGUGGGAGCUUCCGAUGGCCUCUCCUCUGAGCCCUUCUCUCCAUCUGCUUCCGCUCCUCCUUCCUCCUUUUGCUAGCCUUGUUCUCCUCUCUGGCCCCCUCGAGUCCUCACGAUGUCCCCUUCCUGCAUGGCUCUGACACCCGUGUCCACCGCACCAGAACUCUCCCUUCCCACGUCGGCCCGGGCACGGGGACUUCAGGGCUUCCUGUUCCCAAGAAGCAACUGCCUGAGGCUGGGAAGGCUGAGCUAGAUUGUGGCUCCUGAAGCUCUCCCGGUCGCUCCCAGAAACGAGUCCACGGCCUCCUCAAGGUUGACCUCUGACCUUAAACAUGUCCCCAGACUCCUUCUGAGAACACGGUUUUUUCUCUGUGCCUUCGAGAUGUAAAUUUUCUACCUCGUCUCUUGUAAAACCUGAACCAUCUUUUUGAAAAUACAAACUUCAGGGAGAUGACUGUCCUCGGGGUGGUGGGGGGAGAUUAUUGAAAACUGGGCCAAUAAAAAAACGUAGAAGUCUUUUCCACAAAUAUUAGUAAAAAGCUUUAGCCAUCUGA